GGUCAGAUUUAUUAGAUUUUUUUAUAAGUAAAGCCGUAGCCUUCGUAGAAACGCCCAGCGUGGAAGUUAAUCAUCGUUUACCGCUAUUGUAAGGACCGAUUGUUAAACCUCGAAAUUAUCCGUGUUUCUUAUACCAAGCCUAAGCAAAUACUCGACGACCAUGCAUCUGAUACUUACCGGAGCCACUGGCCUCGUAGGCUCCGGCGUUCUCGAUGCCAUGAUCAAAAUGAAGGAUGUCAGCAAGAUCUCGAUUCUUAGCCGUCGGCCCGUUAAGAUGGUCGAGGAUGUCAAAGACCCUCGGGUUCAUGUUAUUCUCCAUAAAGACUUCGAGAAGUAUGAUUCCGAGCUGCUUUCCCAGCUCAAGGGAGCUUCGGGCUGCGUAUGGGCUCUAGGCAUCAGUCAGACACAAGUCGGCCCCGAGGAAUAUGUAAAGAUCACCAAGGACUACACUUUAGCGGCAUCAGAAGCAUUUCAAAAACUAGGCUCCGAAGAGAAACCUUUUAAUUUCGUUUACGUCUCAGGGACGGGCGCAACAACACAGCCGGGUCGGUUCUCUGCUAUAUUUGCCCGGGUUAAGGGCGAGACCGAAUUGGCGCUGGCUGAGAUGCGCAAAGCAAACCCAUCUUUUCAUGCAAGCUCAAUCCGCCCAGCAUUUAUUGAUUCCGCCAGUCACGAUGCUAUCAAGCCCUAUAUUCCAGCCAAGACGCCCUUGUACGCGGCUGCUUAUGUACUUCUAGGGGUACCGAUGAGGUAUGUGGCCAAGAGUUACUGGAGUCCUACACAGGACCUAGGACGCUUCUUGACGGAAAUGGCCAUGGGACGAUAUAAGGAUCAGUUCAAGGCAAAGGAUAUACAGUUGGAGGGUGAAUUCCCGAUAUUAGAGAAUUCGGCGUUUAGGCGAUUAUCAGGCCUCAGCCGUUAGUGAGAGAACACUGAAUUUCAUUUUAGCUGCUUUGGUGAUAGGGUGUUCAGGUAUAUAAGAGGACUAUAUUAAUGUACUACUACCUUAUAGAUAGCCCGCGGGUAGAUGCCCUUUCUGAAAUUGUAUGACUAUCUUACCUAUGGAAGCUAUGCGACCAGCUCGGGGGGUUUUUUUUUUUUUUUU